AUGUCAGACUUAAGUGAACCAGGAUUCGAAGGAACAGAAUUAUUAAAUUUUAUGAAAUCAGUAUUAGAUGAUGAUGAAAGUUUGAGAAAAAAAUCUGUUCAACAAGCUAAAGCUAAUGUUAUCUUAACUUUAAAAAACAAAGAUAAGAAAACCAAAUCUUGGUUUUUCGAAUUUAAAAGUACGGGAGAAGUUCAAAAAAUUGAUGGUGCUCCUCCAAAAGCUGAUGUGACUUUAAUGAUGAGUGAUGUUGAUUUCCUUAAAUUAGUUAAUGAUGAAGCCAAUCCUCAAAAGUUGUACAUGUCAGGAAAAUUGAAAGUUAAAGGUAACUUGAUGAAAGCUGUUGCUAUCGAGAAAAUCUUGAGAGCUGCUGAUCCAAGACCAAAGGCUAAGUUAUGA